UAAAGCGUGACUCUUGCAGUCUCAAUCUCUUUUAGUCUUUCCCUUUUCCCUUUUCUGGAUUCUCUACCUUCUCUCCUCGUCUCUCUACUAGGGUUUUCCAAGACUCAGAGAGACAAUCAAGCAGCUGGAAAGCGAAGAAAAGCAAGGACUCAAAUCCCAUCAAGAGAAUUGCAAGAAAGAAUCAAACCCUGAACAUUUGACAAAUCUAAGGAUCAAAGAAAGAGAGGAACAGGCGGAUCAUUAGUGUAUAAACCUUUGCAUUUUGUUGGGGGUUUUCAAGAAAAUGGACAGAUCUAGAUCCAAGAGAAACUACUACUAUGACCAUCAAGAUUAUGACAAUGACAACCUCAACAACAACAACAACAUGACUAGGACGACCAAACCCAGAUACAACAAUAACAACAACAACAAUUAUUACCGUCACCGUGGACAAGGAGGCAACAACAUGUUCAACAACAACAACAACAGGUUUUCAAGAACCCAACAGCAGCAACCACAGCAACAGCAGCAGCAACAAGACCAAUCAUCGUCAUUAAUGGUGACAACAAGUUACAGAAUUUUAUGUCAUGAUAUGAAAGCAGGAGGAGUAAUUGGGAAGUCGGGGAGUAUAAUAAAGUCAAUUAGGCAACACACAGGGGCGUGGAUUAAUGUUCAUGAGUUGAUUCCUGGUGAUGAGGAGAGGAUAAUUGAGAUUUCAGAUACGCGUAGGAGAGACCCAGAAGGGAGAAUGCCUUCCUUUUCGCCAGCGCAAGAGGCGCUCUUCUUGAUACAUGAUAGGAUUCUUGAGAAUGAUAUGCAGUAUGGGGUGGUGAGUAGUGGUGUUGGUGGGUUGGAUGAGGAUGAGUAUGUGGGGAGAGGAGGAAAUAGAGUGGCUACCAGGUUGGUUGUUUCUAGAAUGCACGUGGGUUGUUUGUUAGGAAAAGGGGGGAAGAUUAUUGAGCAAAUGAGGAUGGAAACAAAGACCCAGAUUAGGAUUUUGCCUAGAGAUCAUACUUUGCCAAGAUGUGUUUCCAUGUCUGAGGAGAUUGUUCAGGUUUUAGGUGAUGUCAGUGCUGUGAAAAAUGCCGUUGCGAUUAUUUCAUCAAGAUUGAGAGAGAGUCAGCAUCGUGACCGCAGUCAUUUUCAUGGACGAGUUCACUCACCAGAACGGCUUUUUGAUGAUGAUUAUGUUCCUCACAUGAAUACGCGUCGUUCCUCGAUGGAGGGACCACCCUCUUUUGGCUCACGAGUACCUGGUUCCAACUACAGAAACAAUAACUAUUCCUCACGAGCAUCUGGUUUUGCUGUUGAUUCUGGGACUGAUCCCAUUGCUGACAGUGCACAGCCCUUUUAUGUUGAGGACCUUGUGUUUCGAAUCCUUUGCCCAAUUGACAGACUUAAUAGAGUUGUAGGAGAGUCUGAUGGCAUAGUGGACUUGCUUCAAAAUGAAAUUGGUGUGGAUGUUAAGGUUGCUGACCCUGUCUCUGGUUCUGAUGAACAGAUAAUCACCAUUUUCUCUGAGGAGGGUCCUGAUGAUGAGCUGUUUCCUGCUCAAGAAGCUUUGUUACACAUCCAAACUCGCAUUGUUGAUCUUGUUCCAGAUAAUGACCACACAACAACAACUAGGUUGCUUGUCCGGUCUAGUGAGAUUGGGUGUUUAGAGGGAAGAGAUGCCUCAUUAUCUGAGAUAGAAAGGUUAACUGGUGCAACAAUAGAGAUCUUGCCAAAGGAAAAGCUUCCGUCAUAUCUAUCGGGGAUAGAUGAGAUUGUACAGAUUGAAGGGGAAAUAACGGCAGCUCGUGAUGCUCUUGUUGAAGUGACAUCAAGACUUCGGAGUUACAUAUACAAGGAUGUCUUUGAAAAGGACCUGCCACCACCUGUGUCUGCACCAGGCCUUGCUGGAGGAAUGCAGGCAGCUUCUCCAAGCCCAACUCCAGCUCGUGAAGGGCCCAUUGGUGGUGAUCCUCCUGCUAGCUACCAGAAUGUACAGUCUGCUGCAACACCACAGCCAUCGAAGGAUGCUAGAGGAUCCAGUGUUGAAGCAGUGAAGCAGAAUGAAAGUGAACGUCGUGAAGAAUUGCCUAUUACUACGAUGAAUAGAAUCCCUGUAACACUUGUCACUAGGAGUACACUUGAAGUUGUCAUACCAGAGCCUGCGGUCCCCAAGCUCAUUACAAAAUCAAAAAACAAGCUUGCACAGAUUAGUGAGUUAUCUGGAGCCAAUGUAACCCUCGUUGAAGAUAGACCGGAUGUGAAAGAAAAGAUUAUAAAAAUAUCUGGAACACCAGAGCAGGCAGAGAGAGCUCAGAGCUUGCUUCAAGGCUUUAUUUUAAGCACACAAGAAGAUGGACCUUAGGCUAAUCAGUGAAGCCGACGAACUUGAAGUUGGAGCUGGCUUCAAACGGGAGGGUUCCUGAUGCCCCGGGUAUACAUCCCUGGAGAAUAAGGAGCAUUGAGUCCCCUUUUUUGCAUGUAUUUUUCAUUCGGUUGCUGUUUUAAAUCAUAAAUCUCGAGAGCAAGAAUUCAUCUGUAAAUGUAACUAUGGGAACUCUGCAAUGCUUCAAAUUUUCCUAUAUGAAUUGCAGUUGUUCUGUUGUUGUCGUUUCUUAAUGUAUUUCUCCUUUGCAUCAA